GAGCUGGCUGCAGUUUAGUGGCAGGCCAAGCAGCACCAUGUCCCUGAACCCCCCCACCAGCAGCGACGCCUGCCUGAGCAUCGUCCACAGCCUCAUGUGCCACCGGCAGGGCGGGGAGAACGAGACCUUCGCCAAGCGGGCGAUCGAGAGCCUGGUGAAGAAGCUGAAGGAGAAGAAGGACGAGCUGGACUCGCUCAUCACGGCCAUCACCACCAACGGCGCCCACCCCAGCAAGUGCGUCACCAUCCAGCGCACCCUGGACGGGCGGCUGCAGGUGGCCGGCCGGAAGGGCUUCCCCCACGUGAUCUACGCCCGGCUCUGGCGCUGGCCCGACCUGCACAAGAACGAGCUGAAGCACGUCAAGUUCUGCCAGUUCGCCUUCGACCUCAAGUACGACAGCGUCUGCGUGAACCCCUACCACUACGAGCGCGUGGUGUCGCCAGGCCUGGGUCUGAGCAUCCAGAACACAGCCCCCCCUGCCCGCCUGGUGAAGGAGGAGUUUGUCCAUGACUGUGUCCAGAUGGAGGUGCCCACAGGGCUGGGCUCCCCCGCCAGUGACCACGGCCCAGGGGCCAAGCUCCCACCCCGGGGAAUGCCCCCCGCCGAGUCCUACUGCCAGCCACUGCCCCCCCUACAGCUGCACGAGCCCCCCCGCGCCCCCGUAAACAUCUACCCCACCCUGCCCAUGUCACCCACGGUGGCCCCCGGGGGCCCCCUGCUGUCCAUGGCACAUGGCGAGGGACUGCAGCAAAUCGGCUCCCCGCGCCAGCCCAUGGCGCCCACCCCACCCCCAGCCCCACCAGCCUCGCAGCAGAACGGCUACCCCGCGCCCCCCAAGCAGUCCUACCACACCAGCUGGACGGGCAGCAGCACAGCGGUCUACACCCCCAGCCUGGGGGGCCAGCAGCCCACCCCCCCGCCGCCCCCUCCACCGCCGCCGCAGCAGAACGGACGGAGCCACCCGCAGCCCCCGCUCCAUCACCCCAACCACUACUGGCCCCCGCACCAUAACGCGGCUCCCUACCAGCAGCCAGUCUCCAGCCACCCGGGGCCGGAGUUCUGGUGCUCCAUCGCCUACUUCGAGAUGGAUGUGCAGGUCGGGGAGAUCUUCAAGGUGCCGUCCAGCUGCCCCGUGGUGACGGUGGACGGCUACGUGGACCCCUCGGGGGGCGACCGCUUCUGCCUGGGGCAGCUCUCCAACGUGCACCGCACGGACGCCAGCGAGCGGGCCAGGCUGCACAUCGGCAAGGGGGUGCAGCUGGAGUGCCGGGGCGAGGGCGACGUCUGGAUGCGCUGCCUGAGCGACCACGCUGUCUUCGUGCAGAGCUACUACCUGGACCGGGAGGCCGGGCGCGCCCCGGGCGACGCCGUGCACAAGAUCUACCCCGGCGCCUACAUCAAGGUGUUUGACCUGCGGCAGUGCCACCGCCAGAUGCAGCAGCAGGCGGCCACGGCGCAAGCGGCAGCUGCGGCACAGGCAGCGGCGGUAGCGGGGAACAUCCCGGGGCCCGGCUCCGUGGGAGGCAUCGCACCGGCUGUUAGCCUCUCUGCUGCCGCCGGGAUCGGCGUGGACGACCUGCGGCGCCUCUGCAUCCUGCGUCUGAGCUUUGUCAAGGGCUGGGGGCCGGACUACCCCCGCCAGAGCAUCAAGCACACCCCCUGCUGGAUCGAGGUGCACCUGCACCGCGCCCUGCAGCUGCUGGACGAGGUGCUGCACACCAUGCCCAUGGCCGACCCGGGGCCCGUCAACUAG